CGCAAACUUUGACCGGUAAAGUUAACCUUACUAGAGGUCAACGGUCAGACUGGGCGAUUUUAGCCCUGGCGUGUAGUAGAGCAUCUGCCACCUGCUCUCGCAAAAGAAUCCUUAUUUUGUCUACGAUACCUGCGAUGGCUACUUCAAUUGAAGAGCGAUAUGAUGAUUGCCCAAUGCAAAGAAUACCAUCUGAAGAAGAUGAGCAAGACUUUGAAGAACUCGACGAACUGAUUCAGCAAAGGUCACCCGAGGAACUAAACAUACUCGGGUUACUACUGCUAACAUGUCCUAGUCUCGGACUCCAAGUUUACUGGUUUUUACUCCAAUCAAGCGGCACGCCCUAUCUGCGGUCGCUUGGUAUAGAUGGUGCCAGCAUUUCUAUAAUCUGGGCGCUUGGCCCUAUAUUCGGCGCCUUUGUCCAGCCCGUCCUCGGCAAUCUGAGCGAUGAAAUCCAAAACCCUCUUUGCAGGCGUAAGCCUUUUAUGAUUGGAGGCUCGAUCAUCGUGAUUCUCUCCACCUUUGCCAUGGCCCACGCUCAAGAGCUCACCGCACGAUUCGUCCCUGAGUCCCUGGCCCAUCCAUGGCAGCCACGCGCUCUGGCGGUCGUUUGCCUCGUCAUAAUCCUCUUCGCCCUCAGCGCAUAUUCAAUCGGCGUGCGGGCCAUCGUGGUGGACAAUUGCCCAUCGAACCAGCAGUUUGCCGCCGCUGCUUGGUCCAUGCGGUGGAAUGUAUUGGGCUCGGCAGCGCUCUCGUCGGUUGGGUUUAUCUCCGUUACUCGCUAUCCGGAAACCGAUCCUGCGAUAACGUUUCGUACCCUCGCCUACGUCGCCGCUGUAUGCUCCUCCGCCACUGUCGGUGUGGUUUGCUGGUUCGCCCCGCGCGAAAUCACUCCCCGUCUCCGCCCCCAGGAAUCUGGAAUCGGAAAGGUUUUGAGCAUGUGUGCUCCAGGUACACUGGUGCGAAGAUGGCGUCGCUUGCCGCCAAUAACUAAUAAAGUGUGCAAUAUCCAACUUUUGGGGUGGUGUGGCUGGUUCCCUAUGCUAUAUUACAUGUCUACUUACGCUUACGAAACAGCAAUAUUCGAAAUGUCCUCCGUCCAAGCCUGGCAGCGCGGACUGACUACCAAAUCUGUAGAGGCCCAGGCAAAGUCCUACCCCCUCUACGCAUCUCUCUUCUUCUCCUUCGGCACCCUCUUCUCAACCCUCCUCCUGACCCUCCUCAACGCCAGAUCUUCUCCCAAAAUCACCCUCCCUCGCAUCUGGUUCCUGUCCCAACUUGUCGCCACGGCCUCCCUCCUCCUCACUUUCCUUUUGUGCUCCACACACGCCUCCCUGGCUCUCAUAUCCCUCAUGGGCGUCACAUGGACCGUGACGAUGUGGGUUCCUUUUGCGCUGAUCAACGCCGAGCUUGCCGAGCUGCGUUCCGGCGUGGCCGGCGUGCAAGGCCUGCACAACAUGGCCGUGUCACUCCCGCAGAUCGUGAGCGCGCUGGUUUGCGCUGCUGUGCUUGGGGGUCUGCAUCUGGUUGGUGUAGAAAACGGCGCCGUGUGGCUUUUGAGACUGGCUGCUGUGCCGGUUGCGUGGUCGGCGUGGCUGAUCUGGCAGCUGGACGACGCGUGAAGGGCUUUGGCGCUGGGCGGGGGCAGCGGCUUUCAAGAUCUCAAGCAGGCACUGCUCGCCAAUAAAAGCUUAGUUUCAUAUCUCAUGGCCUACGAAAGGCUGACUUUAAC